AUGAGUACCAAUGAUCGAAUCCUAUCCAAUUUACCGAUUCUUGAUUCGAAGAAUUACGACAAGUGGUCUAAACAAAUGAAGGUCUUGUUUGGAUAUCAAGAAGUUCUCGAUAUCGUCAACAAUGGUGUCACACCUCUUGGGGCUGAACCUACAGCUGCACUUCAAGCCACUUUCAGGGAAGAGAAGAAGAAAGAUUACAAAGCUCUCUUCUUGAUACACUCUACUUGUGUCGAUGGUGAUAAUUUCGAAAAGGUCGGUGAUUGCGAGUCCGCGAAGCAAGCUUGGUUAAUUCUUGAGAAAGCAUAUGCUGGGGCUGCAAAGGCGAAGGUUGUGAGGUUACAAACUCACAAGAGACAAUUCGAGUUAACACAAAUGGAAGAUAAGGAAACGAUCAAUGAUUAUGUGACGCGCAUUACGCGCUUAGUGAAUCAAAUCAAGUCGUGUGGGGAAACUAUCUUAGAGCAGAAUGUUGUGUCAAAAAUCUUACGUUCGUUGACGUCAAGAUUCGACAACAUUGUGGUUGCUAUUGAAGAGUCGAAUGACCUUAUGUCUCUGAGCAAGGAUGAGCUUCAAAGUUCCCUAGAAGCACAUGAACAAAGAAUGGACGAGAGAGGAAGCGAUAAGGCAAAGGCGGAGUUAGCUUUGCAAGUUCGUUUCAAUGAAAGGAGUAAAGGUUCGAAAGGGAAAUGGCCUUCGAAAGGGAAGCAAGGCGAUGGUGAAUCUAAACAUUCGAAGGGACAAAAGGUUGAGAGCAGCAACUCAAAUGGUUAUGGUGAUCGAAGCAACGCGAGAGGUGGAAAACCAAGAGACAUGAGCAAAGUACAAUGCUGGAAAUGUAAGAAACUUGGGCAUUUUCAAUCAAAGUGUGGUGCUAAACAGCUUGCAACUAAAGGGGAUGAAGCCAAGGUUGCUAGGCAAGAGGUGGAUGAUGAAGCCACACUCUUAAUGAUGAUUACCGAUGAGUGCGACAGCAUUACAAAGGUACUGGACAGUAGCUGCAAGUCACGAGACAGCAGCUGUAGCAGUGCAGAAAAAGUGACAGUUUUGAGUUCGGAACAAAAUGUGAUGAUUUCGGUUCGUGAUGGAACUCAAGGCAAAGAGGAGUGGUACUUAGACUCCGGAUGUUACAACAUACGGUUGGAAGAUAAGAUCUUGCGGGUUGUUGAUGCUAGUGGCGUGUUGAUCCUAAAGGCCCCCAUGGCUACCAAUAGGACUUUCAAAGUUGAGCUGAAAGUAUUGGAGCAUAGGUGCUUAGCUACAGCUGCAAGUAGAGAGGAGUGGUUAUGGCAUUAUUGUCUCGGUCACUUGAAUUUUCGUGAUCUCAAAGCGUUGCAACAAGAAGGUAUGUGUAAUACGGUGAACUGA